CAGCUGACUGCUGUAUCUGUAUAUCUGCACUCCAGCACACAUUUCAGGGUUUGGAUCUGGAUUUUUGAGAUGAACUGGAAUAACAUAGGAAACUGGUUUCCCUCAGGUUAUCCUCAGCAAAUGCCAGGAGGAUACAAUCCUCAAUAUCCACCAGGCACUGUCCCAAACCAGCCCUGCCCUCCUCAGCCUUGGGGAGCACCCACUCAGCCGUUUGGUCCACCCUAUCAGCCACGUGGUCCAGCCCCUCAGCAUUGGGGUGCACCUGGGUACCAUCCUGUAGCCCCACCUUAUGGAGGGUAUGGACCUGGCCAUGGUCCUGGGCAGGGACAUGGGCACAUGCAUGUUCAUGGGCAUGGACAUCAUGGACAUCAUCAUGGUUAUCAUCGUGGACAUCAUGGACAUCAUCAUGGACAUCAUCAUGGACAUCAUCAUGGUCAUCAUCAUGGCCAUCAUCAUGGACAUGGAAUUGGAGGUGGACUGCUUGGAAACCUGCUUGAACAGGUCAGGCAUGGUCAUCGCCACAAACACAAGCAUGGUCACAUGCACGGCCGUUGCCACAAGAAAGGAAACACGUGUCAUGGGUACUCCAGCAGCUCCUGCAGCAGCGACUCGGACUAGAUGAAGAUGAAGGAAACAAGACAAGUUGCCACCAGGAAUCCUUCACCCUGCUACCUUAUAGUAGAUUAUAAUAAACAGUUUGUUUGAUUUCAAAUGUUGGGAUUAUAAAACGCACCACAAGGUUUUAGGAAAGCUGUUAAAGUCAGGUUCAGCUGUUACAUAUUAUGAAGUGUUUAACCAAUGUAUUUGAAAAUAGAAGUAAUGUAUUGUAGUGAUGUAUUAGCUUCGGCAGUAGUCAGUGUGUGGCAUGGGGUAUGUUUUUGAUGUGUUAGACAGUGAUCGUAAUUAAACAGGUUUCUGUUAUUCAUAAAAUCAUGUCAUCCCUGCAA